GAGACCCAAACAAUCAAAGAUGGCGGACAGGCUGUGAAUUGUUGCUAUAGGAAAACUUCGAAAUUUUGCCUGUGAAUAAGCCUUUCAUUGUCCAAUGGAUGCAUUAAUGGUCUACGGAAGCUGUGAUUCAAGCGAUGAAGACGUUACUUUAGCUGAAACACGCGAUAAUCUGGUAAAAAUAUCAGAUCAAAAUGGGAAAACAGAAUGUCAAGAUGGGAAAAAUACUUUAAAAUCCGUUGGUAGUCAAAGCCAUCUUAAUUAUGGCUAUAGUCAGUUUUCGUCCUCGCUAUUACCCUACAAUGACCACCAGAACUGGAUACCAAGUAACUUAAAGAACAAAUUUAAGAAGGACACUAUAAUUUCAGCAACGAAUCUUGCUGUUAAGGAAAUUGGACCUCAAAUUCCUCUUGAUCAUGAAAAUAGCUCUUCACUUUGUAAAGAAACCAUUUUGAGUAGACCACAAACAGGCCCAAUAAAACACAAAAGUGUUACUGACUCCAGAAAGACUAGUUUUAAAGUUAGACCAUAUGUUUCCAAACGAGAAAGGGAGAAACUUYGUCAAACAGAAAGCAAAUAUGUAGAGACUACUGCACUUUCAYGUGUUAAUAAUGUUGAUAACUUUGCCACAGAUUUUAAGAGUGAUAUGUCRGUUGUAAACAAACCCCCAAAACGAAUUCUUUAUAAUUUCAAUGGACAUUCAAAGUGUGUAAAUUGUGUGCGGUGGAAUCCUUCAAAACAGAACCUACUUGCUUCAGCAUCCAUGGAUCACACUGUUGGCAUAUGGGAUACUGAUAGAAGAGGGUUAUGUUURAAUAGGCUCACUUUACAUGAGGCUGCUGUUAAGGAUGUGAAAUGGACCACCUGUGGGACUAAGGUGCUCAGCUGUGGCUUUGAUAAAUGUGCCAAGCUUGUUGAUGUAGAAACAGGCGAACUAAUCCAAAACUUUGCACAUAAACAAUUUGUGACAUGUGUUCAGUUUCAUCCCAAUGAAUCAAAUCUAUUUCUAUCUGGGACGUCAAGAAAUGGGAUUUACUGUUGGGACUCAAGACAGCAAAAGGUAGUUUCAAUAUUCCAAGCCCCAUUUGGCCAAGUACAAGACAUUGCUUUCCUCCCAGGUUGUGAAGAGUUCAUUUCCGCAGCUGAGGUACUUAGAAGAAACUCUACAGAUAAAGGCAUCAUGGUUUGGGAUUUUAGGUCCACUGCAAUAAUGUCAAAUCAAGUUUACCAGGAGGCGUUCACAUGUACCUGUCUAAAAGUGCACCCUAGUGGGACAUUCUUUGGCGCCCAGUCUAAUGCUGAUUACAUUGCAUUGUUCUCAACCAAAAGGCCUUACAAACUGAACAAAUACAAACGAUAUGAAAGCCAUCAGGUUUCAGCUUAUGUGAUAAGAUUUGGUUUUAGUCCUGAUGGUACCCUAGUGACRUCAGGCUCUUCUGAUGGUAAAAUAUACAUUUACAACAGCCAGACCUCACGUAAUAUCAUGAGUAUACCUGUUCACACAUCGGUCUGUAUGGACACAAGUUUCCACCCUUCUUUACCUUCAACUGUAGCAACCUGUAGCUUUGAUGGACAAAUUGCAAUAUUGGCUUAAUACUAAAGACAAUCAAAUCACAUUCAAGUCAAAUUUCCAGCAGAAAAUAAUUUUUUUUACACUUAGCAAUACUAGAAUUAUAAAUUAUUUGUAAACAAAGCUUUUUGAUACAAUAUAGUUAAGGCUAUAAA